AUGCCCUUCUACCUCGAGAAUAAAAUUGCCGACGCGCACCGAAGCUCGAGAGCGACUGUGAGCUGUGUCGAAGAAGGUCCUUUCAAAUUGCGAACGAUCGUCUCCGAUGUCAGCUAUCUCUCGGAGACGAUUGGACUGUUGGCGGAUGCGACCACCCCGUCUGUCGCUUUGUUCGAAAUGGCUACGAGAGAGCAAGCGUCAAAACUCUGGAGUGCUCUCGAGGCAUGCGACCACAGUUUAGCAAAUAUUCGACGCAUCUGGACAUCUUUCGCGCAACUUGACAAGGCUGAGCAAUCCCAGUUCGCAGCAGAGGCAUGUUUGGAAACCGGAGGGCUCCGCUACUUGCAGUCAAAGCUCGUGAACUAUUCUACCACGCUCAAGAAUCUACUUGUAGACUUCAAGGUCUCGUCUACAACACUGAACUGGCCGCCCAACCUUGAUGUACUCGGGAGCAUUCAAGCUGAGCUUUUGGCCGAGGGUGUACAAGUCGAUCAUCUGCAAAACAGACACGAUGAAAUCAAAGCUUACAUCCGAUCGCUUGCCAUCGGCGAGAUUAGCACUUCCGUAUAUGCCGGUCAAGAGACAGCGUGUUCAUGCCGAGCGACAUUACCACUGGCUCCAGCAGCUCGCAGUUCAGUAGCUGCUUCAUCUUCGCCAUCGCACCGACAUGUGACCGAGUUAGCAGAACAAUUCUCCUCGCUGUUUGACUCGCGAGCGCUUCGUCGGCUGUCGCUAGGCGGAUCAGUUAUAGAAAGCGCUGCGCCGAAACCGCCUUCCGAGAAAAUGGCGGCCUCAGACAUCAAGCAAGAACAACUGUUGUUUUACAAGAAGGUUGUAACACCUCUUCGAAAGGACUCGAUGGACCCCAAUGCAGCAUCUCUGGUCUCGCGAUUGUCGAAUGCGAUGGCAAACAUGGCUUUCUCGGUCAGUUUGCAGAAAAAGUCACCUAGUUUACGACCACCGCCCAAGCGGUCAUCUUCUGCUGUCUUUCGUGGACUAGGGAAUGAAGAACGUGCUACUGGUGACUGA